GGCCGCGCUCGGGCGGUCUCGCGCGCAGUUACGGCGAAGGAACCGUCAGUUGCUCUUGGACGCUCGCGCGGGAGAGUCUGUGCCGUGUUUGAGCGCGCUCGGGGAUAUUUCGCCGGGUGUUCCGUAUAUAUCAAACCGGAGUGUCGAGUAUCUCGUUUAAGGUGUUUCACCCCCUCUGCCCUCCCGCGACGCGCGCGGCUCCCGUGAGGGCGUAGAUCGUAGACGCGGGCCCGGUGUUGCCGGCGUUGUGGUGAGAGAGAGAGAGAGAAGUUGCCGAGGACCGGCGUCGAUCUCGGCGCGCGCGCGAGACCGAUAAAAGCCGGUAGAAACGCGACGGGUACGAUACGCGGAACGGCAGGCUAGGGAGAAAGAGAGAGAGAGACGCGAGCGCGUGUGCCGCCGUUUAACAGUGAAUACGCGAUGUCCGGAGCGUCCGCGGAGUAGCCGUGGGGCUACGGAAAGAGAGGCCCAGAGCCACGGACGACUCCAGCCCCGGCAUUUUGACGUUUGCUCUCCGCGCGUGUCUUCCCCCCUCCGCGCUCCCUCCCCGCGUGUCAUGAAUACUGUCGCAGGUGAGCCGCAGUGCACGCGACGACGACGACGGUGCCAGCAGCAGGAGACAGAGCGUCGAGCCGCACGAGUGAUGCCCCGUGAUUCGCAGUGAAUAUCCUCUUCUCUUCCCUUUCCCCCCUGCCCCCUCGUGUCCCGCUCGCGUAUUGGCGCAGUACGUGUGCGGUGUCUCGGCGACGGUGCCCAGCGACAGUAAACGGAGUCGACGCCGGGCGGUGCGCGGUUGUUCCUCGGUACAGUGAGACGAGAAGGGCGGUGGACGCCUCUCUCGACGCUCGGUGUGCGCGCGGAUCCGAUCGAGUGCGCGGCGGAAGAAUCGCGCGGCCGCAAGCUACGGCAGCAGGCGCGUGUUUGCCGCGUUCGGUGUCCCGCGUUCGCGCCGGCAUUCUCUCGCGUCCAGCGGCGGAAGGGGAGGGCCGGGCUCUCGCCGCCGCCUCUCUCCCCGAUGAUACGCACGUGCGCCACUCGCCGCUACUCGCUACUACGUUUACGUGCGUGCGUGCGUCCGCAGCGCGUUCAGUGAAUCGGUCUCGUCGUGCCGUGCCGCGCCGGGCGGACGGGCGAGUGACGGUCGGUGUCGUCGUCGUACACGUCGCUCGGUCAGCCGAGAGUUCGCGCUUACUCGCGCCCGCGCCGCCGCGUCCCGUGUGCCACCUGCCCGGAGGAGGAGGCCGAAGCGGAGGGACCUCGCAGCCGCGCGUAGCCAUGGAUACGCUCCUACCGAGCGGCAAUAUAUUUCGAGAGCUGCAGGACAUACACGACACCGGAUACUUCUCGGCCCAGCCGUCGCUCGAGGAUCACUGGCAACAGACAUGCUACGAGAUGGAGAGGUACCUGAAGGACGAGCCGAAGUUACAAUCGUACAAAAAACUCCCCACGGAACUGGACACAGCGCCCUGGAACCUCUUCAGGGCGCCAUCGAUCUCAUGGACGACGUCCACCGGAACGAGCGCACAAUUUGACGCCCCAAUCAAAAUGGAGGUGACGACGUCGUCAGACGAAAGAGAUCCCCUCUGUCUGGACGACAUUAAAUUCAGUCCUGGCGAUCAUAACGACAAUGGCCGCGACAGGGAUCUUCUCGAUCGCCACCUCGACUCCUUAUCGAUGUCCUCGGCGAGUUCGGCGUGUUCAGCACUGUCCUGGGACAGUUCACCUUCCCUCUCUUGCACGGCGCUUAUUCUUAAAAAAGAACCGAGCGAAGACCUUGAGGAGGACGAGGAGCAUGAGGAGAUCGAGGAGGAGGAGGACAGCGGGUGCGAAAGUGAAGGUCAGAUCCUGACGCCGCCGUCGAGUCCCGGGUCGGGUCAAGGUCAUUCCAACUCCAGUCACUCGUCGAGUGGGAGUUCGAUGCUCGACGUGCACAACCUCAACCUUCACGGCACGGGCGGGAGGAGUGCUAUCGUCAGGGUUACCUCCGGGAACGCGCAGGGUGUCGCAAGACUGAUCUCCGUCACGGCGAACGGCUUCCCCGCGGUAGCCGGCACGCAACACGCGCACGCGGGCGCGACCGCGGCCACGACCACCGUGGCUAACAGGCACCACGCGAGGAGCAACGAGCACAGUCCGCCCGACACGAAACGCAGGAUACACAAAUGCCAGUUCCCCGGGUGCAAGAAGGUGUACACCAAGAGCUCGCAUCUCAAGGCCCAUCAAAGGACGCACACGGGGGAAAAGCCGUACAAGUGCAGCUGGGAGGGCUGCGAGUGGCGAUUCGCGCGUUCGGACGAAUUGACGCGCCAUUACCGCAAGCACACCGGCGCGAAGCCGUUCAAGUGCCGGCACUGCGACCGAUGCUUCUCCCGCAGCGACCAUCUAGCUCUCCACAUGAAGAGACACGUGUAAUCAAUCGUCUCCGCGAGCGGUCGCGGCCGCGCGUCACACUCCGCGGUUGGGACCGUCGAGACCUCUUCCUCGUAAAGAUCGCGGAGAUACCUUCGACAUUUGCACGGCGAGAUUCGCACGCGAUCUAGCAUUUCCCGAGGUCACCUAGUAGUAUGCUGCAAGUAGAGGGGCGCUCGUGCGCCUAAGCUUGAUGAACAAACGUUCAAGGGAGAGAUCUACGAAAGUAGCUAUAUUAGGUAUUCGAGAUUCGUCAGACUCCGUUGACAUGGGGAAACCCAUUUUCGGGGGUCGUGAGGAGAUCGAUGAUUAGCGAGACGCUGUUUGGAGACAAUCGAGGAUCGAGUUUAUGUCUAAGAUGGCGAUCCGCGGGGACGAUUCGGAGGAAGGCUUUGACGAGCGGUCAGAUGACGUAGAGUAACAUUUCGUCGGAGUCCAAAGAGUCUUACGCGUGAUAACGACGUGCGUUUCCUCCAAGUGCCCUGUAAGAUCGAGAGGGGGGGGGGAAGACAUACGAGUGAUCAGCGACACUUGUCUUUAGGAGCCAAAGGGAUCGGCGCGAAACGAAUUUUCGACGCCCGCCGACUCGCGCGAAUUUUAGGAGGCGGAGACACACCGACGGUCAGCAGUGCGUCCGGAUGAGAGAUUGCGAUCUGACAUAGGGGCAGGGCCUCCGGGGAAGUUGCCGAGCAAAGAAGUCGCCGGGGAAGUCUCGCACGAGAGACGUCAAUCACUGCCAAUUCGUUACAUUCUAAGAUCAGCGCUACCGUCGAAGAUUUCGUGCUGCGACUUUUAGCGACCGGAGGUCCGCCAGAAGCGAGACGCUGACUCGGGGCGAGCCUAAAGUUUUCGCCGACCCUCAAUGGCGCGCGGCACGGGGCGGCUGCUCAUUCGAUGCGAUAGAAAGAACGGAAUUGUAAUGUUAAAAAAAAACAGUAACGCUCCUACUAUAUACACGUACGUACCGCAGAACGGACCGCGUUUACCUUCUCCAAAGCCGAUCGAACUGUCGCAUUUUACCGAUGCCGAGGUGCGUCGGGUGUCGCGAGGGCCGUCGCGCGCGCGCGCGCGCAUGCACGAGAAAAAAAGAAAUGGAGAAAAAAAAAUCGUAGAUUUCGCGAGGACAAUAAUGCAAACUGUCGGUGCCAAACGUUAUUUCCUUUCUCUUGCUUUUCCUGUCAGGAGCUCCGCGAAGACAUUCGCGACUAAAAAAAAAAAACGCGCGCGGCACUCGCGGCACCGAGCGUAUCGCGCUCUCACGCAGCGGGAGAGCCGAGGCGGACGCGCGACGCGUGGUAAUUGAAUACGUGAUUUCGACCAGUUUCGACGGCGACGAAGAUUUCGCCGCGCCGGCUGCUAAUCCUGAAUUUACAGUGCGAAUUACAACGCGGCCCGCCGCCGCCGCAGCAGCCGCCGCCGCUUACCAGCCCGCUCGCAGAAGGAGCUUACAAAUGCGGGAUACGACUGUUUCGCUUUGCUACUUACAACUGAUUUUUACUAAACGCCGACGCACUCCAGCUUUCAGGUAAUCCACUCGAUCGUCGUUGUCGACGUGGCGCUUUUUCAUUCUUACGGAAGGGAGAGGGAAACCUACUCGAACCUUGCAUGCCUGUGCGGGGGAGUGUAAAGGGCUCUUCGUCUCCCGUCAUCUUCUCCGACUGCGGCGCUUACUCGUGGCGUGCGCGGGGCAAGGGGAUCGUCCGACGAGACGAUCAUCACGAAAAACUCAACAGAAUACAAAUAUAAAUAUAUAUAUAUUUUUUAAUAUUCUCGUCAUACUCAUUGAAACAAUGUAGAUAAGCAAGUAUAUUACGGGCUGUAUAAUCCGCAUAAGAUUUCGUACGCUUUUCACGCAGCCGAAUAUUUCGCGGACGAUCCCCUGCCCCGUGCACGAUCCGCGGCAGACAGCCGGCUUCACUAUCUUGUAUCUCGCGAGGGCGCCGAUCCGCAACGGCUGAUCGUCAGGCGGGAGAUCGCUCGUCUCGCUCGUCAUCGAUCUGAAGGAUCCGGAUGUUUAAUAUAUCGCGCGCAACAGAAUAAUCAAGUAUCCCGGCGACAAAGACAAGGGGAGAAAGUACGAAGUAGUCGAAAUCGUUGCAGCACGCACCUAUCAAAAAAAAAAGAAAAGAAAGAAACGCGAGGAAAGGAGGAAACUUAAAAAAAAAAGACUAAUCUUACCUGAUCGUGAGAGGCGAGUUAGCCAAGGAGAUGAGAAGUAAAAAAUAACUAAAUUUUAAAUGUUCAGUGGCCAAAUAAAUUAUAAUUGAUACGCACGUAGAACCUAAAAAAAAAAAUAUUCCGUACCUACUGAGUAAGCCCGACCGACUUGCGGGGUCGGGCACGGUUCGUACGAGUGCAUGUGCAUGCGAGUGCGGCUGUGUUGUGUCUGCAUGGGUCGUCGAUGCGCGCGUGUAUACGUGUGUCUGCGUGCGAGCGUGUGUGCGUGCGUGUGUGCGUGUACUUUUUUCCACGGGUAUUCCAAACCUGAAUGGUGGAGAAUCCAAGGGGAGGAGACGAGUCGAACACUGAGUUUGUAUAUUGUGCAAUUUUUUCAAUGUUUCAUUAUUUGUUACCAUGUUCACAAUUAAUUAUAAAUAAAUAAAUAAAAUAUA